GUAGCAUUCCUCCACAGUCUACGUACGAAAGCGCAUGCGUGUCGGUGCAAUUGCUUUGGUGCAGUUGUUGCUUCCUCGGAGGUGCUCUAUAGUUUUUGUUUUGCCUCCUAACGAUUCAAGAUGACUACAUCAUGGAGCGACAGACUCCAGAACUAUGCAGACGUUCCUGCCAACAUGGAUGGAAUGUCCAUGAAGAAAUACAGACGAGAAGCUCAUCACAGGGUUUUUGUGAACAGAAGUUUGGCGAUGGAGAAGAUCAAAUCCUUUGGCUUUGAUAUGGAUUACACUUUGGCAGUGUACAAGUCUCCAGAGUAUGAGUCACUGGGCUUUGAUUUGACUGUGGAGAGGCUGGUCUCUAUUGGUUACCCUCAGGAGUUGCUCAACUUCGUCUAUGAUCCAUCAUUCCCCACAAGGGGUCUAGUGUUUGAUAACACAUACGGAAACCUCUUGAAGGUUGAUGCUUACGGCAACAUUUUGGUGUGUGCUCAUGGAUUCAACUUCAUGCGUGGGCCUGAGACCAGGGAACAGUAUCCAAACAAAUUCAUCCAGCGUGGAGACACUGACCGCUUCUACAUUUUGAACACACUCUUCAAUCUGCCAGAAACCUACCUAUUUGCUUGCCUGGUAGAUUUCUUCACUAACUGUUCAAGAUACACGAGCUGUGAAACAGGCUUCAAAGAUGGGGACCUGUUUAUGUCCUACAAGAGCAUGUUCCAGGAUGUCCGAGAUGCGGUGGACUGGGUCCAUUUCAAGGGAUCACUGAAAGAGAAGACGGUUGAGAACCUUGAGAAGUAUGUGGUGAAAGAACCCAAGUUGCCUCUCUUGUUGAGCCGAAUGAACGAAGUUUCAAAGGUGUUCCUGGUCACAAACAGUGACUACAAGUACACUGAUAAAAUCAUGUCGUACCUGUUUGACCUUCCCCACGGCCCACAAGUGAGUGAGACUGCGAGUCCCCUUCGGCCCUGGCAGUCUUACUUCGACCUGAUCCUGGUGGACGCCCGCAAGCCGCUCUUCUUCGGCGAAGGCACGGUGCUGCGACAGGUGGACACGACCACUGGCCGUCUGAAGAUCGGCACGUACACGGGACCUCUGCAGCAUGGCAUAGUGUACUCUGGAGGCUCAUCUGACAUUGUGUGCGACCUGCUGGGCGCCAAAGGAAAGGACAUCCUGUACAUCGGAGACCACAUCUUUGGCGACAUCCUGAAGUCCAAGAAGCGUCAGGGCUGGAGGACCUUCCUGGUGAUCCCUGAGCUAGCCCAGGAGCUACAUGUGUGGACAGACAAGAGCGCCCUGUUUGAGGAGUUACAGAGCCUGGACAUAUUCCUAGCUGAGCUGUACAAACAUUUGGACAGCAGUAGCAAUGAGAGGCCGGAUAUCAGCUCCCUCCAGAGGAGGAUUAAGAAAGUCACCCAUGACAUGGACAUGUGCUAUGGAAUGAUGGGAAGCCUGUUCCGCAGCGGCUCCCGGCAGACGCUGUUUGCCUCGCAGGUGAUGCGCUACGCAGACCUGUACGCCGCCUCCUUCAUCAACAUGCUCUACUACCCGUUCAGUUACCUGUUUCGAGCCGCCCACGUGCUGAUGCCCCACGAGUCCACAGUGGAGCACACAAACGCAAACAUCAACGACACCGAGUCGCCCAUGGCCACGCGUAACCGCCACGCGCUGGACUUCCGCGAUCACGAGUGCAAACGGCACCAGCUCACCCGGUCCAUCAGCGAGAUCCAGCCACCCCACCUCUUCCCCACGACCCCCCAGGAGAUCACGCACUGCCACGAUGAAGAUGACGAUGAAGAGGAGGAAGAAGAAGAGUAGAGAAAGGCGUUUGGUUCUGGUUCGUACUGGUCCGUAACUGGGCUUUUACUCUAGGGGUUGAGGAAGGGAAAAGUGUGGCCUUUUUAGGCUAGCGGGAUGUAUUUGGCAAUCAAUGUUUUCCCCUGGUUUUCUUUUUGGGAGAUGUUUUUUCUUUUGAAUUUUUCAUUAUUAUUCAUCGUUAUUGCUGUGUUCUCUGUCUGUAUGCACAGUUUGAGAUUAGGUCAACGUAGAUAUUCUAUUUUUUUUUGGGGGGGGGGGACACAUUGUUCUGUUUUUCUUUUUUAUUUAUUGUAAAUGGGAGACUCAUUUAAGGACUGUUUCACUGACCAAACUCCUCUUCCUGCCUGCCUUGUGAAGAAGACGGAGAUGGACCUGAGACUUUUCACUUUUCUCUUUCUUUGUCUCUUCUCAAAUCAUCUGGUUAAUGUCGAAAGAAUUUUUUUUUUGUUAUCCAUAUUUCGUUGUGGCCACGGCCAUACUAAUCGCGGUUAGUUCCGAGGGAACACAAGUUGAAGUUGAUGGGGAUCCAAAUGGUGCAUCCAAAAAUGUGCAUGCUUGGGCGUUACGAAUCUGCUUUAGGUUUCUGAGUGGUUUAUUAUGCUGUAGCCAUAUGGACAUGCAAUAUACUGUCAGUUCUGCAGCCUUAAUCUGCAUGGGAGCAGACCAAACAAUGCCGCUUUGGUCGACGUAAUCGCAGCAUCCUUUUUCAUUGAAAUCUACAUCUAACCAGUGUCAAGACACAUUCAGUGUCAUUCAGAGCAGUUUGUGUAUGCUGAAACUGUCGUAAGCACAAUUUAUAAGCACGGAAACUGUUCAGAAGCAGUUUCUGAAUAAGACAACAGAGCAAAAUACUGAUCCUGACCUUGCCUAAGCCUUCACAUUCACCCUCUGAAUGAUAACAGAACAAAGACGUAGACAUCAACAAUAGUUGAGAACAUCUGUGUGAUAUGGGUGAGCUGACCGGGCUCAUGAAGGGGAGGUGGCAUAGGACACUGGGAAUGUUGCCUAUUUCUGUUACCGGGAAACACUUGAGGUUCUGUUCACUGAGCAGCUGAUUUGAGCUGGAGCUGCUGAUGCAUUGCUGAUGCAUUGCUCAACAGAUAUAAGCAGGGCUAUACAUGCCUUGUUGGGCCCUCCAACCAUCACUGAUAAUUAUAGACGGUUCUAGAAUGACUGCAGAGUUAGCCAGUGCUGAGAUUAUUUGCACUUGCCAGAGUAGAGUAGGGUAGAGUAGGGAUUUGUUUUUUUUGUUCGUUUCAUUUCUAUUUUAUUUGCUCUUUGUAAAUGCUGGACUUUAGUUCUGAUUUGUAUUUAAUACAAAGACCAGUAUUUGUGUGUAUGUGUGUGUGUGUGUGUGUGUGUGCGUGCGUGUGUGCGUGUUUGUUUCUUAACUGAAAGGUUAUUAUUCCUCUAUUUUGAGGCAGAAGGGACCCUGUCCGACAGCACUCAGUAGUUUUUAAAAGGGAUUGCUUUGACAUGUAGCAGAUUUCUAUGACUAUGACGAACUUCUGUCAGCAAGUAUGGUUACACAAAUGGAAUGGAAAGAGAGCAAGUGGACCAAAAUGGCCAAAUUCUGCUCAGUUGCUUGAAGUUUUGUGUAGUAACACAGACUCGUUGCCCGUUUUAAAGGAUGAGAAUACGAUCCCAAUUCUGUAUAAUGUUAAUGUUUUGAGAUCGUGACGCAGACAAGUAAGUGUCUUUGCAAGGAACUGUAAUGCAUCCAAAACCAUUUGUUGUUGUAAGUGAGGAUGCUGUCUCUUUCCAGAACAUCUGGACUAUACCCAUAGUCAGCUAUGUCAAGGGAGAUGAUGUGAUUAGAACGAUUCUGUAUUAUAGAUUGAAUUGAGUGCAAAAUAUAGCACAUGCCUUUUUGUGUGUGUGUGUGUGUGUGUGUGUGUGUGUGUGUGUGUGUGUGUGUGUGUGUGUGUGUGUGUGUGUGUGUGUGUGUGUGUGUGUGUGUGUGUGUGUGUGUGUGUGUGUGUGUGUGUGUGUGUGUGUGUGUGUGUGUGUGAGCUAUCACUGUAGCACUGCAGCUGGGCAUAUGAGUGAACAUUAUGAGGGGACUCGAGUUGCCUUAACUCCAUUUGUCCUUUGCUCUUUACUUUUGAUGGUCCAUGUGGGAUUGUUACGGUUGUGUAAAAUGGCCGCUGGUUGAGUUUACUGCCAAAAGUAUAUUUUCCUUUGCCUUUGUCAUGAUAAUCUUUAUGUUACUAUGACAGAACCGUUCUGUUCAUUAAGUUGUUUGAAUGGGAAUGCAAAUACUGCUAUAAUGUCAGUUGCCUGCUGCUUAGAAUUUUUUUCUGUUAUUUUGUUAUUAUUGUUUUCCUACUUUUUUGUUGUUGUUGACAUUUUUAUGUCAUCAGGUGUUGGUUGUGCAUGUUCUUGCAGGUUUCGAUUCAAAGUCCAAAUAGUUGAAAUAUUUUUUUCCCUCUUUAUGUUCCAAAACAAGCAAAAAUAAAGUUCUAAAAAGUUCUUUCA